AUGUCUCAGCUCGUGUGGCUCGUCACCGGACCCUCGUCCGGAUUUGGAGAACAAUUUGUCCACAGUAGUCCUGCACGAGGAGACAAGGUAAUUGCAACUGCGCGAAAAUUGGAAAAGCUGACUGCUAUCCUGCAACUCGAUAUUACGAAUAGCCAACAAAGCAUACAAGAAACAACUGCAACGGCUAUUAGCAUCUAUGGGAAAGUACACGUGCUGGUGAACAAUGCUUCUUACAUGGCAGUUGGCCCCUGGGAGACUUUAGAUACGAAGAUUUCUUUGCUCAAUUUGAUACAAACAUAUUCAGCACGAUCAAGGUAA